AUGGCGGGAAAACUUGGUUUCAUGACGCGGGAAACACCAUUAUUGGUGGUACUUCAUCUAUUUAAGCGAACCCCGUCUUCCUAUCUGCCCCUAAAACCUGGUAUUUGCAAAUACCCACUUCACCGUCGUUCUCUUUCUCAACUUCUCAGAAUGGGCCAGCAAGACGUGCAGAACGGAAGCCACGAAGUCAAGGAGCCAACUCCUAAGAUCGCCAAGCUUCACGAAAACAGGGACGUUUCGGGAAACCCCACCUCUUUUUUCAGGGUGAAGAAGCUAUCUGAGAAGGCCGUCUUGCCCUCGAGAGGCUCACCUCUCUCUGCAGGCUAUGACCUCUCAAGUGCAACGGAGACGAAGGUACCGGCCAGAGGAAAAGCCCUGGUCCCAACUGAUUUGAGCAUUGCUGUCCCUGAAGGAACCUAUGCAAGAAUUGCGCCGCGGUCAGGGUUGGCCUGGAAGCACUCGAUCGAUGUGGGAGCGGGAGUCAUAGAUGCUGACUACAGGGGCUCAGUUGGGGUGAUAUUGUUCAACCAUUCUGAUGUUGAUUUUGAAAUCAAGGAGGGUGAUAGGAUUGCACAGCUGAUCAUUGAGAAGAUCAUUACCCCUGAUGUCGUGGAGGUUGAGGAUCUGGACUUGACGGCCAGGGGCGCUGGCGGAUUCGGAUCCACGGGUGUCUAG